ACCAAAAUAGAGCGUCAAACUUGUUUUCCUUCUGCUUUGUGUGAUUUUUGUGCUUUUCUCUUGCAAAUUCUAGAGCCUAGAAAAGUGACUAAAAAUACGCAAAGAAUCAAUGGGAGGGAAUUGUGUGUGAGGAACAGUGUUUGUGGUAUUGUUGGCUAAGCGCCAGAAUUGUAAGAUUUUCCCAAAAAGAAAAGCUGACUUGUGGGAGGAAUGGAGUUCCGGAAGAAGACUAAUAAAAUGGGGAAGAAACAAACAAUGGAAGAUGUGGUGCCACUGACCAGGAUCAUCCUUUACGUGUGCGGGAUUCUCUUCCCAAAAGCCCCAUCGCAUGCAUUUCCACUGUUCCUCCUUGCUGAGUGUGUGGUGCGUUUCCGGAGGCUUCGAAUGCUGCGCUUGCCGCACAAGAAGCGCCACCGGAUGUGCCCAAUGCCCAACCGGUUGUGUGAUGUACUGCAGCAGGAGAGCAUCAUUCAGUCGGAUCACACAGUUUUUGUCGGGAAGAGCGUCUUUGGGGCCUGUGUACCCCAUCCGGAGGUUCCCUGGGUUAAUCUGACCAUCCUCAUGGAGGGCACGUCGCGGAAGGGAGGCAGUGAAGGCACGGCAAAUGGCAUGGUGGGGAAGAUUCUAAGUAGACAGAAUAGCUCGAUGUUGGUGCCAAUUGUGGAGGUGCCCAACACACAGGCGGGUGUAAUCUUUAUCAGGGAGUCCAUUUAUAGCAAUCACACGGCAAAGUACAAAUUGCCGCCGAAUCAUGCCUUCUCCGUCGCAAUUGCUGCCUUCCAGGUGAAUCACAAUGUGCCCCAGAUUGCCACAAAAGCCACCAUUGCCCUGAUAAAUGUUCCCUUUGAGGUGCCCACUGAUGUCAUUGAUGGCAUCCUCGGGAGCUACUUUGAACGCCCACGUUUUGUCUAUCGCAACACAACCUACAGCAUUCACCUCGAUGGUGAGCUCCUGGGCGCCGCCUGUCUCUCACGCUACCACAACAUCUUCAGUCGUAUGCCGAGAUUGCAUUUCCGGUGCGUGAGCCUCGAAUCGAAGGCCAAUAGCUAUGAGAAUCACGCAAUUGUCGUGAAGAACUGCACGAGCCUCCAGCAGAUGUCUUCCGUGAAUCUUGGGGUGCCAAAGCAGCUCCUUCAUGAAUUUGCGUUUGCAAAUGUCUGCCCUGAUGGGCUACAGAAGUACUUCGAAGCCCUCCUGGGCAGCCUUGAGCCAUUUCUCGUGGAGAAAAGAGCUUCCCUCCUUGCUGCACGCAACAUCCAUCCAACAUUCCUCCUUCACGGUGAACGAGGAUGCGGCAAAAACACCUUAAUCACAGCUCUGGCCAAUCAUUUAGGCGUCCAUCUCUACGCCGUGGAUUGUGCAGACAUUCUCAGCAGUGUCUCAGCACAGACAGAGACCAAAUUGCGUCUUGUGCUAGCACGGAGUCGCCUCUGCAGUCCCCUCAUUAUUUGCCUGCAGAACUUUGAGGUGUUUGGUGUUGAUAACGAGGGGAAUGAUGAUCAACGGCUGAUUGGUGCCUUCCAGUCCGAACUUGGUGAGUUAUUCACCAAAUCGGACCACCAGCCGCUCUUUCUGAUAGCCACCAGCAAUUGUCGCACCAUUCGGCCGGCUGUGCGACGUCUAUUUCUGGAUGCCAUUGAAAUUGAUCCACCCACAGCUGAGGAACGCUACCACGUCCUCAGGUGGCUGGAUACAGUUCACACAGCCUACCAGGUGGGCUUUGCAUCUGAUCGCAGUGGUAUUCAGGUGUUCAGUACACGUCAGGGGCGCCUCCCACGUGUCACAGAUGCUGCCUUCGGGGCUAUUGCUGAGCGUACGGUGGGAUUUGUCUUUGGGGAUCUCAAGACGUUGUAUUCGAAUGCCCGGAAGGCAGCGUGGGGACGAUGUUUGUGUGAGGAGGACUUGGUGGAGCACCUGAAUGCAAUGCAGGCGCAAUUUUCGGACAGUAUGGGUGCUCCGAAGGUGCCAAAAGUGCUGUGGGAUGACAUUGGGGGCUUGGCGAAGAUUAAGGAUGAAAUUCAGAGUAGUAUUGGGCUCCCACUGAGGCAUGUUCACCUCAUGGGGGGGAAUCUCCGACGUUCCGGGAUCCUCCUGUAUGGGCCACCGGGUACGGGGAAGACUCUCGUUGCGAAAGCCGUCGCCACGGAGUGCAAUCUCAACUUCCUGGCUGUUCAGGGCCCGGAAUUGCUCAACAUGUACGUGGGGCAGAGUGAACAGAAUGUCCGGGAAGUCUUCACACGGGCACGAGCUGCAGCCCCGUGCGUCCUCUUCCUCGAUGAAUUGGACUCCUUGGCACCCAAUAGGGGGGUAGCUGGGGACUCAGGGGGUGUCAUGGAUCGUGUUGUGAGUCAGCUACUGGCUGAAAUGGACGGAAUGGGGGGUGGGCAGAAGGAGAUCUUCAUUCUUGCCGCAACAAAUCGACCAGAUCUCAUUGAUCCCGCUCUCCUGCGUCCGGGAAGGUUCGAUAAACUCUUCUACGUGGGCCCGUGCAUGACGUCUGAGGAUAAACUUGCCGUCCUCCAGGCACAAACGAAGAAAUUCCUCCUGGACAAGGAUGUGAAGCUCCGGAGAAUUGCGGAAAUGCUCAAAAGUGAAAUGACUGGAGCGGAUAUCUAUUCAAUUUGCUCAAAUGCCUGGUUAAGUGCAGUCCGGAGGACCAUUGCUGGUACUAAAGAAAAAGAAAAAUUAGAUGAAUUAACGGGAAAAUCCGUAAUUGUUCACAUGGAUGACUUCAAGAGCGCAAUUGGGAAAUUUGUGCCGUCAAUUAGUAAAUCCGAUUUGGAUUAUUUUACAAAUUUAAGAGAUAAUUUUGGUGCAUAAAGUGUUCAAUGUGGUGUUUGUUUAACAAAGAAAAAUGUUUUUUUUAUUAUUAAAAAAAAGUGGUUUUGGAAAA